GGCUUGUUUGAUGAAUGUCGGUUAUGGAGGGGAGAGAGACGCUGAUGAUCUUCUCAGCCGUUCUCACUAUCCGUUGUAGGGUUGUGCAGUCUGUUACAGUGCAAUUCCCAUACCAGACAGUGAUACAGCUGCUCAGGAUGCUCUCGAUCAUCCCCUUGUAGAAAGUGGUGAGGAUGGGUGGUGGCAGAUGAGCUUUCCUCAGCCUCCGCAGAAAGUAGAGACGCUGUUGGGCUUUCUUGGCUAUGGAGCUGGUGUUGAGGGACCAGGAGAGGUUCUCCGCCAGUUUGUUCCCUUCUCAGUGAGGCCCCUAAUGCCAUCUAUCAGCAGUGACCAGGUGGCCAUUUGCUUACUGACUGAGCCGCUGUCCCGCACUCUCAUCCCGCUGCCCCAGGGCUGUGCUACUCCUUACUGGCCGUGUGCCACUGUCCUGCGCUCUCGUCCUGCUGCCCUGGGGCUGGGCUGCUCCUUACUGACUGUGAGCCACUGUUCCAGGCAGCGGAGAGACCACCUCGUUCACAAACAGCCGGGGCUCUGCAGCUGUUUCACCUGGGUCCAUAGGAAAUGGGGGGAGCCCCGAUGCCUCUGGAUGCAGGCAGGGAACCUGGGGAGGCUGGUGGACCUCAUCAGGGACCCUUGGAGCAUCAGGGUCGAGCUGCAGAGUGCUGACCUUCCCCUCCGUGUUGAAUACCAGCUCAAGAUCUUACACCUCUCCUCCAUAAGCCAGCUCUCGCAGGAAGUCCUCCAGCUGCUCGAGGGCAUCCUCCAGCACCAGGCUGCUCCUGUCUCUUGCUCUUCAGAGUAGGUCCUGGCACCUGCUCCAGAGAGCACACCAGGCCAGACUGGGGGACUCCACCUGGAGGGGAAGCUCCAGCAGGGCCUCCUUGCCACCAUAGGAGCAACUAUUCACAGGCCUGCAUUCAAGUUUUGAAUUGAAUUUUGUAGGGCUCCUUGUAGUGUUCAGUGCGAGUGUAGAGCUGUGGAGUACAGUGACUGAAACAUGCAGUGAUCGGCACAUUUCUGCCACUGUCACACCAAAAAGUACCAAACAUGCCCCAAGCAGACCACAUGUCUUGUCACAUCUACACCUGGACAGCAAACACAUGUUAACAGCAAAGACGCCUUCAGAAAAGGAGCAUUUAUUCCCUCCAUGGAGUCCAUGAUCAGGGAGAUGGACAGGUGCUUCUCAAACUCCAGCUGUAACAUAAUGAGCGGCAAACAAGCACUAAGCCCAUCAGACAAUGACUCUUAAAGGAGGAGCUGGUUUUGUUAGUGACUGAGGCAGGUGGCUCUGAUUUGCAAAGCUUGGAAAGUGAGAUACAGCAGAGCUAAAGACUCGAAAGAAAGAGAGCAAAACUUAAAAACUUGAAACUUAAAAAAUCACCAGCUCUCAAACGUGGCAGAUGAGCGUGUAACCUCCAAAAAAUGUGGUCAGAUAUGACCGGGUGGGCAGUGCAGAGACAGCAGGAGCCGCACGAGUCUGUUGUUCUUGUUGUUGAUUAUUAAGAUAAACUUGAGGCGUCUGUAUUGACAUAAUGUCACAAUAAAUAUAG